AUGUCUGCUGAAUCUAGCAAAAUGAUUGAAUACAUUCAAGACCGCCUAUAUCUGGCAUCCUAUGACUCUGCUCCAAGCUCGAGAACGGUAUUCCCUUUCCCUGUCGACUCAUCCAAGUCUCCAAGCAAGCGGUCGCGAGCUCAACCGCCCGCUACACCUACCAGCAAGCGCCGCGCUCCCGUGUACUUCACCGUCGAUGAUACCCUCCUUUACAAUGCUUUCCAUGCGGACUUCGGCCCCCUGCACAUUGGUCACCUUUACCGAUUUGCCGUGCUCUUCCACGAAAUUCUCGGCGACCCAGCCAACAGCGACCGGCCCGUGGUCUUCUACAGCAAGACCGAUGCACGAAGCCGUGCGAACGCCGCGUGCCUGGUUGCAUGCUACAUGGUCCUAAUCCAAUCGUGGCCGCCCCACUUGGCCCUUGCGCCGAUUGCGCAGGCCGAUCCUCCAUACAUGCCAUUCCGUGAUGCUGGAUACAGCCAGGCUGACUUUGUCUUGAACAUCCAAGAUGUAGUCUAUGGCGUGUGGAAGGCAAAGGAGAAGGGUUUGUGUGGUCUGCGAGACUUUAACCUGGAGGAGUACGAAAAGUUUGAGAGAGUCGAUAUGGGUGACUUCAAUUGGGUGACACAGGAUUUCCUUGCUUUCGCUUCCCCCCAACACCAACCUGUGGAGCCCGUGCCCGCCAACACCCCCGAAUACGAUGCGCUGCCAUCCACCAUCUCCGAGGUCUGCUCCGCCAAGUUGCCUCUGCCAUUCAAGAAUGUCCUUGUUCACUUCGCGUCCCGGAAUGUGGGCCUUGUGGUGCGGUUGAAUUCCGAACUCUACAGCCCAUCUUACUUCACAGCUAUGGGCAUUGCCCAUAUCGACAUGAUCUUUGAAGAUGGCACCUGUCCACCAUUGCAACUUGUGCGCAAGUUUAUCAAGAUGGCUCAUGAAAUGAUCACUGUCAAGAAGAAGGGUAUUGCUGUUCACUGCAAAGCUGGUCUCGGUCGGACUGGUUGUUUGAUCGGCGCCUAUCUUAUCUACCGCUAUGGUUUCACUGCGAACGAAGUCAUUUCUUUCAUGCGAUUCAUGCGUCCCGGCAUGGUUGUGGGACCCCAGCAACACUGGCUCCACCUCAACCAGGGCUCCUUCCGCGAAUGGUGGUUUGAGGACAGCAUGCGUGAGAAGAUGGCUGCGUCUACUCCGGCUACGCCUGCUCGUAUGUCAACUAAGAAGCGUUCAAGCAAUGGCGUUGUCUCAACUCCUCCUAACAACACCCACUCGAAGCGCGCUGCUCUCGGUGAGAUCGACCACAAUGAAGGUACUGCCAGCCAAAACGAGGAGAACCUCCCGGCCCCCACUCCUGGUCAGCCACGCAAGUCACACCGAAAGGAUUCUCGCCACCAUCCUUACUCCCGCACCGCAUCUGGGUCAUUAGCUGUGGAGGCUGAAGGAUACAUGACUGAGCAGCGCACCAGGGGUCACCGCCUGAGUAAUGAAAGUAGCGAGAGUGACGAAGAGAUUCAACUUCGUAUGCUGGCCAAAAAGUCAUCCAAGUCUCCUGUUGCAUCCCCCACAUCGCGAUCUAUUAGCUACUCAGCGACUGUCACAGCCAGCUACACCUUGACGGAUGAUAUUCACGAGGACCGAGAAAACUGGGUUGAAAAUGCUGCCCCCAAGACUCCCAGCAGCCGGAAAAGUGGCGGUGCCCCAAUUUCUGUUAGCAAGGUUCGCACCAGCCCUCGGCGGGCAACAGAUAGCUCUAAGACUGAAUCACGAGGCGUUCGCAAGCCCAGUGGUCGCAUUGGCAGCACAUCUAGUCCCGCUCGGACUGUCCGGGCUGUUCAAUAA